CAAAUAUACCCGCGUUUUAAACACACACUUGGGAGGAUGAAAAACCCAAAAUAGUUCAUUUCACCUUUGUCUCUCGGCUGAUACACAAUGGUCCAGGUUAAAGCUCUGCCUGUGGUUCUCUGUGUCAUGGGUUUGCUCUCAGAAACGCUGUGCUCUUUAAUUUUAAUGGCAGAUGUUGGAGAUAAAGCCAGUAUUUGGUGCCAACACGGCCUGGCUGAUACGGGCUACAUCUCCUGGUUUAAACACACGUGUGAUUCAGUCCCACUUCUGAUCGGGUGCAAACGGUUUUUGCCAUCGGCUCCAUUAGAGAAUUGCACAUUCUUUACUGAGAGUGAGAGAAUAGUGAUGUCUGUUUAUGCCAAGAACACGUCUCUCACCAUCACUGCAGUAAAUGUCUCUGAUACAGGACUCUAUUACUGCAGCUUCAGGAAACAGGACAAAAUGAUCUUUGGCACCUCGACCUCUUUACAAGUCAAAGAUACAAAUAGAACAGUUACUGAGGAGAAAGCAACAAGUUCAGAUUAUCCUGCUGUGUUCUUUAUGCUGACUGUGGGCUUUAUUGCAGUGACUGUGAUUCUACUCAGUGUCCUGAUCUUCAUCAUACUGAAGCAGAGAAAAACUCACACAGGUCGCUGACUCAGACAUGGUGAAUUAUUUUGCAUUUCACUUCUCCAAAAAGAAAAGAAAGGAAAAUGAUUAAAGCAUAGUUAUGUAUUCUUCAGUUGGAUAAGUAAUUAUCUGCGCGUGAUGUGACAUUGUCAGAUAUCAGUUACUCUUUAGAGACCUAAAAAAAAUUAAAAAUACUGGAACAGAUGUCCAUAAA